AUGGAAACUACAGCCUACCGACCAGUUCUGUCUCCAACCCGUGUCAACGCAACAGCUUCUGAAACUUUCACGGUACUUCAGCAGAAGAUGAGAAUUGUUGAGGAGCAGACCAGUUCCCUGAGAGACGACCUACUGAUGCUGGGCUGUGCUGACAAACGAGGUCAAUUAGAAACUUCAAACUCUUUCGGAGACUCUGCCAGCCAGAAAAUCACUAGUCCUAUCCCAAGUGAAGUAAUUUGUCCAGAAAAACCAGGUAUUUUAUGGAAGAACUGUGAGUUUCUGGUAAAUCGAAUGUGCCAUUUGGAAAACCUCAUCCAGUCCCUGAAGAUGAGCAUCUUCCGUCUGCAAACUGAGAAGGAGUUGAAUCCACAGAAAACAGCCUUUCUGAAGGAUCAGCUGAAUACAAUACAGGAGGAGCACUGCAUGGACCUGAAGCUGCUGCGCCUGGAAGUGACGAAUUUGCGCCAGCAACUGAGAGAUGUCAAGGAGGGGGAAGACAAGGCGCAGGAUGAAGUGCAAAGACUGACGGCCACUUCGGAAAUCGCCACCGAGACAACGAAGAAUGCAGCUGUUAUUGAGGAGGAGCUGAAGACCACAAAGCGUAAAAUGAACCUUAAAAUUCAAGAGCUAAGGAGACAGCUGGCCCAGGAGAAGCACUUCAGGGAAUCUCUGGAGAAAUCUGCGUCGUCCAUGCUACUCAAGCUACAAGAAAUGGGGUCAACUGUGGAGGCAGAACGGAAGCAGGUGCACACCUUGCAGCAGAGCUGCACUGCCCUGCACAGCUCUAUACAAACCACCCAGGAACUGCUGGCACAGGAGCAGCAGAAGAAUGGACAGCUGGAGACGGCCACCUCGCAGCUCAACUCUGACCUAAUUUCCAGAGAUAACCUCAUCUGCAAGUUGGUGGAAGAAAGUAAGAGUACACAAAUAUCUUUGAAGAAGGAACAUGAAGAAAACACAUAUUUGAAAUCUGAAAUGGUGUCCCUUCGAGAAGUAUCAGAAAAAGCACAGGUUUUGAAUGACCAGCUUUCCAAAAAGUGUUCAGAGCUAAGCAGCAUGCUUCAGAUUGUUAAAAUGGAAAAUGCCAGGAUUAUUGCUGAACAUCAUGCUAUUCUGCAGGUGGAGCAGAAAAUGAUAACAGAGACAUUUCAAGAGCAAAAUCUCCUGUUAGAUGCCGCCCACGCCAGCAUCACCGGCGAGCUCCAAACUGUUCAGAACGAUAAAACCCAACUCCAGAUCCACCUAGACCACUUAAUCCUGGAGCACAGCCAGUGUGUCCAGAAAGCACAGGAAGCCGAAGAGAGGACAAGGGUGCAAAAAGAACUUCUGGAGUCAACUAUUGCCAGACUGCGGGCUGACCUGGAAGCCUCAAUGCAAGAGAGGAAGUCUCUGCUAGAGAAGAAUGAAAGAUUGCAGCAGGAGGUCAAGAAAACAGAAAAAGAAGUAGCCAAAGGAAAAUGCAAUUUGGAAAAGGAAUUAGCUAAAAGCAAGGCAGACAUAAAUGUUUUGAACCAAACCCUACAGACUCUAACGGAAGAAAAUAAGCAUCUGAGAGAGAAAUUGGCUUCCCUUGAACACCACAGAGCCACUUGUGACUACCAUGGGUUUGCUCAGCAGAAAGUGGAAAAGGCCUUGGAAAAAAUUACUGAGAGUAAAAAUAAACUGGCCUAUGAAAAGGGGAAACUCCAGACAAAAGUUAAACAGCUGGAAGAACAGCUGCACUCUUUCAGUGAGACCAGGCUGCAGAAUGACCAUCUGCACAGACUGAACAAGGAUUUAAAGGUCAGACAUGCUCAGAUGAAAUCUAUUCUUGGGAAAAAUGAGGAAGAGCUGGCCCAAGCUGUGAAGUGUCGCGAUGCUGCCCUGAAAGAGAGCCAGAGGUUGAAAGGGGACCUGGAGGCCUUGGAGGACAGGGAGAGCAAGAAGGUGGGAAACUUCCAGCGACAAUUAGCAGAGGCUAAAGAAGACAACUGCAAAGUUACUAUCAUGCUGGAAAAUGUGCUGGCUUCUCACAGCAAGAUGCAGGGGGCACUGGAGAAAGUCCAGAUAGAGCUCGGGCGGAGGGAUUCCGAGAUUGCCGGCCUCAAGAAGGAAAGGUCUCUAAAUCAGCAAAGAGUCCAGAAGCUUGAAGCGGAAGUGGACCAGUGGCAGGCCAGGAUGCUGAUUGUGGAGGCCCAGCACAGUAAUGAGAUGGAGCCGCUACAGAAGUCUCUGGACAUAACUAGAGAGGACAACAGGAAACUGGCCAUGAGCCUAGAGCAAGCUCUCCAGACAAAUGGCCAUCUGCAGUCUAAGCUAGAUAACAUCCAAGAAAAAUUGGAAAGCAAAGAAUUUGAGCGGCAGAAUUUAGAAGCCUUCAAAGAGCGGAUUGCUGAGGAGUCCAAAGUGGAAGCGGAACUGCAUGCGGAGCGCAUCGAAGCUCUGAGAAAGCAGUUUCAAAUGGAGAGAGAGACUGCAAAGAAAGCCACACAGAGGGAAGUUUCUGAGCUGAAGAAAGCUCUUGACGAAGCCAACUUCAGGUCAGUGGAAGUGUCGCGGACAAACCGAGAGUUACGACAGAAGCUGACGGAGCUAGAGAAAGUGGUGAACAAUAACAAGGAGAGACUGAAGAACCAGAAGGCCCAGAUAAAGCUGCACCUGUCGGCCAAGGCAAACAACGUGCAGAAUCUGGAGAGGAUGAAGCAAAUAGAAAAAGAAUUGAGGCAAAUGGAGAUAAUUAAGGACCAAUAUCAGAAAAAGAACUACGAGCAGUCACUGAGUAUCCAGAGAUUUGUCUCUGAAAUGAAUGUCCUGCAGAAAGAGAUGGAGCGGUUAGCCAAGAGCCAGUGUGAGACCUCGGCGCGGAAUAAACAGCAGGAGCUGAGACUAGUGGCCGAGCGGAAAAUGAGACAGGAACUAGAAAAUCGGUGCGAGGAACUGGAAGUAACUAUCAGACAACUGAAGAGAUGUAAAGAAGCAACAGAGAAUAAACUAAAAGAAGCCAGUGUGGAAUCAGAGCAGAUAACAGCUAAUCUGGAAGAAGCCCACCGCUGGUUUAAAUGCAGGUUCGAUGGCUUACAACUUGAGCUGACCAAAAACCGGCUGCAGAGGCUUCCCCGGGAAGACAAAUGGCCAGAAGAGAAUCAAGAUAAGCGGUUUGAUAUUGCAUCCAGCCAGUCAAUUCUACAUCGAUGGGAGACUAAACAAAACCUUGGGCUUAUGCCUAAGAAGUACCAUUCUGACACAGAGAAGAAAUGUCCUUGACGAAGGAGCCUCCUUGUGAGAAGUUUUGCCUCCAUGAUUCUGCUGGCCAGCAAACGGGGCUGGCCUGUUCUGUAUUUAAGAACAUGCUGUGUGACGAGGAUUGGGGACUUUGUCCUUCGUGAAGUCUUUCAUGUUAUUGCAGAACCAUCCCAUCUUUUUCAUCCUCUUCCCUAUUUUCCACACAAUAAAUUUAAAUUAGUUUGUUUUAUAUAGUAGAUGCUGUCACAUGAUAUUUGCCAUUUUUCAGAAAGAAUUUAGUGAAGUGUUAAGUGAAAUGGCCACUAAAUAUGCUUUGUGUCCGUGAGAUGUUCGAGACACGUCUUGUAGGAGCCUCUCUAACUGGCUGUGAUCAAUUAGUUGUAAACACCAUUACUCCCUGACCAAUCAAGAGUACUCUCUGGAAAUGAAAUGAUCUGUAAAAACAGGAGACACUCUUCUGUACCUUCUAAACGUACACGCUUCUGGGUGGUCACAAAGUGUAUCUUUAAUAAGAUUUAUAAACAACAUAUGUCAAAGACUGUAUUUACCGUUUCUUUGGUUAUUAAAAGGCCGUUUAUUGAAUACAGGAGUCUGAUCUUCUCCCUCUUACACUAGUAAGUAGCAAACUGAGCUUUGUAUUUGUUAUUUCAGCUAUUAAAUGGUGGGUUGGAUAAUCUAGACUUAACAUACAUAAAGGAUUGGCAUACUAUCUGAACUAAUUCCCAAGUAAUAGCAUUUUAUGUUGAUACAAUAGGACCUAAUAUAAGUAUGCAAUUAUGAUAAAGCAAAGAGUAGAGACUAUAAGGCCG